UCCUCCCAUUGUGGCCACGCUGUUGGCAUGUUUGCCACUCUCUGUUUAUUAUCUUUUACUGAUGCUGCUGGCCUGUUGCCUUAUGAAGACGGAGCAUAAAAAUAGAUGGGGAAACUAUGUACCACAUGUUUAUCGACGUGAAAGAAACUGAAGCGUAUUUUGCAAGCCGGGCAAAUCCUCCCUCUUUCUUUCUUCCUUUCCAAAUUAAUGGCAUACCAAUGCCAGCCUAGUUGAUCGCAAAGGAAUUCCAGGAUUGAACAACAGCCCUCCUUUCUACUGUUCUGCGGUUAACUUUCUAAAAGUUCUCUUUUCCAAAAGACAGGAUGUCAUUGUUGAGUCUUGCAACAGAUGUGGCCCAGGAAUGAACCAGAGUAAGUUCUCCUUUCUUUCCCAGCUGCGUUUUGAAAGAUUUCAAGCCAAAAAUUCCAGAGCAAAGAAAAAGGAGAGACAGAUUCCAUCGGUCAUGAUCCUCCCCUUUGGAUUAUUCACGCUUGGUACAGUCCAAAAAGUUUUCAGGUUAAGAAGUCAGGGUUGUUUCUGUUUGCAGAUGAGAUUGGGGACUUCCUCUGUGUGUGUGUUUGCCCAGGAAAUCGUGAAGCGAAAUCGGUUCAAUCCAGAUGCCCGGACUGAAUGGGAGCAGACGUUUUGGAGCGCGAAACUUCGCAAAAGGAAAGCAGGGAAGUUUGCUUCUCUGUUUGAAGAUGCAAAGCACCUGAGUCUCCCUGCCUUUAUCCCAGGCAUGGGCAAACUUUCUACCUUGGAAGCUGCAUGCUAGUACUCCCUGCUAAGAGCACUGGCUGCCAGAGCACCAUGUGUUCGACAGCUCCAACGAAAGCCUUCAGGAAUCAAAAUUAUCAGGAACUGAAGCAGCAGUGCCUCAAAGAAGGGAGGCUCUUUGAAGACCCUGAAUUUCCAGCGUCGGAUGAAUCCAUCUUCUACAGUACUCCACCACCAGAGAGGAUAGAAUGGAAACGCCCCAAGGAGCUCUGUGAAGAUCCUUGCCUCUUUGUGAAUGGGAUCAGUUCUCAUGAUUUGCAUCAAGGGAAACUGGGAAACUGUUGGUUCGUAGCAGCCUGCGCCUGCCUUGCUCUUCGGGAGAAUCUCUGGAGAAAGGUGAUUCCGAACGUUAAGGAACAGGACUGGGAUCAGAAGAGGCCCGAGAAACAGGCAGGAAUCUUUCACUUCAGGUUCUGGUGUCUUGGGGAAUGGACCGACGUUGUCAUUGAUGACCGACUCCCAACCUUGAACAAUGAACUCGUCUUCUGUCAUUCGAAUGACCGCAAUGAAUUCUGGAGUGCGCUUCUGGAAAAAGCUUAUGCUAAGAUGGCUGGAUGUUAUGAAGCCUUGGAUGGAGGCAGCACUGCGGAAGCCAUCGUCGACUUCACAGGAGCCGUCGCAGAAUCCAUCGACAUGGCAGAAGGCAAAUAUAGCCAUGACAUCAUUGAACAGGCCAAGCUCUUUGAAGACUUGUUGAAAGUCCAACGAAGGGGAGGUUUAAUCAGCUGUUACAUCAAGCCCACGUCCGCCCGUGAUUUUGAGGGACAGACCGCCAUGGGUUUAAUCAUGGGUCAUGCCUAUUCCGUGACAUCUAUCCUGAUGAUGAGUCUUGGAAAGAAGCUCACGACAUUCACAAAGUCGAAGAAGCUCUUCAUGAUCAGACUGAGGAACCCCUGGGGACAGAAGGAGUGGAACGGCGCUUGGAGUGAUGCAUCUGAUGAGUGGAGAAACGUGAGCCAAGCAGAGCGCAAGAAACUGGGACUCACUGUUGAAAAUGAUGGAGAAUUCUGGAUGACUUUUGAAGACUGGUGCAAAAAUUUCACCGACGUUGACAUCUGCCGCAUUGUGAAUACGUCCUUGUGUAGCAUCCACAAGACCUGGGAAAAGAAAACGAUGCGGGGAAAAUGGACAAAGAGCGUAGACCCCUGGCUGAACCGCUCUGGGGGGUGUUCAAAUAACAAAGGCACCUUUUUGCAAAACCCACAGUAUGUCUUUGAUGUGACGAAGGUUGAGGACAAAGUGAUGAUCUCCUUGCAGCAGAAGGACCAGCGCAUCCACAAAAAAGAAGGGAUGGGGGAUAAUGUCGUUAUUGGCUUUGAGAUCUUCAAGGUGGAGGACAACCGAGAGUACCGAAUGCACACUCUGAAAAUACAAGAGAAGGUGGCUACCUCUACAUACAUUGACAACCGCAUGGUGUUUCUGAAGGUCGUUCUCAAGCAAGGCCGAUACGUCUUGAUCCCAACGACUUUCAGCCCAAACAUUGAAACAGAGUUUAUUCUGAGGCUGUUCACAGACGUGCCAUCAAAACUCAGAGAACUUAAGCUGCAUAAGCCAAGGCUAGCCUGUCUGGACAUCUUCUACGGCGUCCCUCGGAGGGUGUCUCAGGUCAAAAUCCAUGCGGUGGAGGGCCUUCCAAGCCAGGACAGUCAGGGUGGAGUAAAUCCCUAUGUUAUCAUCAAGUGUGAGAACAAGAAGGUCCAGUCUCCCAUCCAACAUGGCACCGUCAAUGCUGUUUUCAACACACAAGCCAUUUUCUACCGAAGGAACAUUCACAAACCCAUUAUUAUCCAGGUCUGGCACAGCCGCCUCUCGUCCCACCGCUUCCUGGGACAAGUGCUGAUGGCAGCCUCACCCGGUGACCCCACAGGACUUCAGAAGCUCCGACUCCAGGGCCGAGGCGAGCGCGAAGCAGACGAGAUGCCAGGUCACAUCACCGUCAAUGCCCUCUCCAGUGACGACCUUGCAGAGCUCUGACAGGCCCAGACGAGGCGGCCGCCUCCCAGCAAGAGACCUCGUUUGCCUUCCUUUGCGUCGGGAAUGUGCACGUAGACGCGAAGGGCUCUAAAAUUAGCUUCCUUCCCUUGUUGCGUCUGGUUUAUAACUGGGCAACAAAGAAUGAGAGCAGAAGCAACUACACAACCAAUACUCCCCCGUUUAUGCUUUUGCGUAUAUACCAACAUAUACAUGCAAGAACUGCAACUGGAGUGAAGCUUCGAUAGCCUACAGGAUGUGUUUUGAGCCCCUUUGUUAGGAAAUGGGGUUAUUUGGAGAUGGGUGAGACCUGACUCAACAGCCAUGAUCCUGUUUGACACCGGCGGAGUCAAAAGUUCAACCAGCAUAUUAAGACACAGGAGGCCUUAGGAUGGUGACAGCUGUAGGAGAAGUGACAAUGCAAGAAAGACAUCCCAGUGUGCCCCCCUCUCCAUCCAUCAUUUGGGUCAGAAGCAGAGCUGUGCCCUGGCACCAUUUUGGUAACCAUUGCAUAGCUGGGAGAAACCCAUUGUAAAAGAAGGCACAGGAUACCUCCUUACUUACUUACUUACUUACUUAGGUGAUCCCUCAUUCUCCAAGCAGGAUUGUCUUCCAAGUUUAGUGUCCUGGCAGUGGGUAUGUAGGUGACUGUGGAGCCCUAUUCUUGAUUUGCAUCGUCUCCCGCAGUGAGGGCAUCGGUUUCCAGGUGGAAGGUGGUCCCGGUCCGAGUUGACUUGAUGCAUCUUCCUCUUGGCACAUUUCUCUCUUUCGCUCUCCAUUCGUACAUUUUCAAAUUCUACAGCACUGCUGGUCACAGCUGACCUCCAGCUGGAGCGCUCAAGAGCCAGGGCUUCCAGUUCUCAGUGUCUAUGCCAGAGUUUUUAAGGCUGGCUUUGAACCCAUCUUUCAAUCUCUUUUCCUGCCCACCAGUUUUCCGUUUUCCAUUCUUGAGUUCGGAAUAGAGCAACUGCUUUGGGCGAUGGUGAUCGGGCAUUCGGACAACGUGGCCAGUCCAGCAGAGUUGAUGGCGGAGGACCAUGGCUUCAAUGCUGGUGGCCUUUGCUUCUUCCAACACGCUGACAUUUGUCUGCUUGUCUUCCCAAGAGAUUUGCAGGAUUUUUCGGAGGCAACGCUGAUGGAAUCGUUCUAGGAUUUGCAUGUCACGUCUGUAGACAGCCCAUGUUUUGCAGAGUUGGGAGGACAAUAGCUAUAAACAAGCACCUUGGUAUCCCUACGGAUGUCCCGGUCCUCAAACACUCUCUGCUUCAUUUGGAAAAAUGCUUCACCUCCUUCCACAAUAUGAAAAAAGCUGUAGCAUCUGAUUAUAAAUAACGUAAGUCAGCAACAGGAUUCUAAAUGAAGACAUAGGGUGAAAUACUGGAUCACAACAAUGGAAAACAAAGCUACACAAGGCAAAUCUUACCGUCCUCGUAGACUGAUUUAUUUAUCAUCUCCGAAGUGAAUUGAGAAUACAGUUACAAUGCAUACAAAAAGCACAAACAAAGUUAAAAGCUUGGCAGUGUACUAAAUUGCCUUUGACCAGAAGCUGGCUACUUCAAGUGCCUUUGGUGUGGCUGUAAGAAGGUCCUCCAUUGUGCAUGUGGUAGGGCUCAGACUGCAUUGUAGUGAGUGGUCUGUGGUUUGCUCUUCUCCACACUCACAUGUCAUAGAUUUUGCUUUGUAGCCCCAUUUCUUAAGGUUAGCUCUGCAUCUCAUAGUCCCAGAGAGCAGCCUGUUUAGUGCCUUCCAAGUCACCCAGUCUUCUGUGUGCCCAGGAGGGAGUUUUUCAUCUGGAAUCAGCCACUGAUUGAGGUUCUGGAUUUUACCCUGCCACUUUUGGACUCCCGCUUGCUGAGAUGUUCCUGCGAGUAUCCUCAUACUGAAUAUCCUCAUAGAUAAAUCAAGACAAAUCAACAUAAUGACAUUAUGAUAAGUCCUCAAUGAUUUUCAGUUCAUACCUGCAUUUGAACCCUGGCUGAAUUUUCUUUGCUCUUCUUUGAUUCCUAUUCUUUGAUUCUCCUUAAUCUCACCGUUCACUAAAUCACCACUAAUCAUAAAUGUAAUACAUUUUCUUUGUCUCAUAUUUUAUAUCGCCAGGACUGUCAAAGUAGCGACUAUAUUUAGCAUGCUAAGAUGACAAAUCCCAUGUUGAGAGGAUCAAAAUGUCAGAACUUUAAAUGCAAAACUUUCCUUCUCCAUUGUUUAAAUCUUUUGGGUUUUGCAUGCAUGUUGGCACAUACUUUGCAUCUUUGAAUCCGUGUCAGAUUUAUUGAGACAACAAUAUUUUUUCUGAUAUAUUUUUCAUCUUAAAACAACUGAAAAUAUCGAACAUGGCUGAAACUGAAAUGGACAAAGGUUAAUACAUCGUUCCAACUCACUAAUAUUUGUUUUUCCUUCAUUUUUAACAGUGUUUUACUAGUCACAGGAGCUUCAUAUGAUGGUCCUAGCCUGUAUGUACAUUCAUAUAUGUGUGUAUACAACACAUAUAUACAUAUAGGCUAGAAUAGGGUUUCGUAAACAUUUCCAACACUUUUCUGCUUCAUUUUUUGUGCAACCUCAAGUAUGUAAGUAUAUAAAAUAGGUAUAAAAUCAAACAUUUACAGCUAAUAAAUCAGCAUUUGGAAGGCUUGCUAUACAGGGUG